AUGACCACAUUACUUACCAGCAGCUUGUGGGUGGUCCUGGCAUUCAUCUGCCACUGGUGCGUGUGCUGGUUGCUGGCUCACCCGGAGGACCGACGUGCAGAAAUCCAGUCGUGCUUCUUCGGUUCGGCAUUGAUGGUGGCGUACUUGGUACUCCCUGCAGCGUCGAGCACCAUCUUUGAUUCUUUCAAGUGCCAGUCGUUCAACCUAGAUGAUGGGCAAGCGGGAAGAUUCCUGCAGGCAGAUCUAGCCAUCGACUGCGAUACGGACAUCCACCAACACUCCAUCGUCUAUGCAGCCUGUAUGACAGCGGUCUACCCAGUCGGCAUUCCCGUCUGGAUGGCUAUUACGUUGUGGCAGCAUCGCAAGGCAAGGGUCCUGUUUCUUUUCGGUUCCGAGUCCACCUGUUCCUGA